GGAAAUAUAGAAAGAAGGUCUCAAAAAUCACUAAACCCUAAUCUCUUUAUUUUGGAGAAGACUAUAAAAUCGAUUUUCUCUCACAAAUCUUAUUCUCUUUCGACUUCAGUGGCGGCGCAUUCAGAGAUUCAAACUCAGAGAAAAUGGUGGCGACAGGCUUAUUCGUGGGGCUAAACAAAGGACACGUUGUUACCAAACGCGAGCAACCUCCUCGCCCUAACAACAGAAAAGGGAAAACAAGCAAAAGGACUAUUUUUAUCAGGAAUCUCAUCAAGGAAGUUGCGGGUCAAGCUCCCUAUGAGAAGAGGAUCACUGAGCUUUUGAAGGUUGGUAAAGACAAGAGAGCUCUUAAAGUUGCCAAGCGAAAGUUGGGAACUCACAAGAGAGCUAAACGAAAGAGAGAGGAGAUGUCCAGUGUUCUCCGCAAGAUGAGGUCUGGUGGUGCUGGUGCAUCCGAGAAGAAGAAGUGAUGCGCUGACUCUGGUUCAGCGCUCUGUUUCUUCUAAACCAGUUUUCUGUUUUUUGAAUUUUUUGCAGUACCUUGUGUUUCCUUUGGAUAUUUUGUAGCAGAGAUAAUUAAAUGUUAAAACGAAACCAUUAUGACUUUUGAGCCAGUUGUCUUCGGGUGUGGCUAUGUCCGGUCCAAUCUGGUUUGAAACGAGUUUUUCUUGACCCCAUUUUGUAGUCUUUCAUAAAUUGGUCCUACUUCGAGAUUUCAAAUAUUCGUUACAAUGAUGAUUUGCAUAAUCGAUGUUGAUGUGCUUGAAAGUUGCAAAUGUUGGUGAUCUUUUUAAGUAGUGAGCUA